UGUCAAGUGUGUGUGUUUGUCUGCUUGAGAAAUAAAUUUUCUGCUUCUUUUCCAAAUUUUUUUUCCAAAAAACAUGUUUUAAAUUAAUUAUUUAAUGUGAAUAAGUAAAAAUAUUUAAAAUGUUUGUAAGACAAGUUCAAAUACCUCUGAAUUUAGUGACUAGAUCGAGUUGCUGUCAAUUAAAGUAUUCGAAAGUUGGGCAAAUAUGUGGAUUUGCGUCAGAUAUUAGAAAAAAUAUAGAACCAAUAAAUGCCAUUGUCUCUCCUUUUCCUCCUUUAUCGAAACCUUUACCAAAUUUACCAACUCCUAUUUAUUCGACUGUUAAGAAGGAAAAACAGGAGACUAAAAUUACAACACUUCCAAAUGGAUUGAAAAUUGCUACUGAAGAUUAUUUCGGACAGUUUUGCACUAUUGGAGUUUUAGUUAACUCUGGACCACGUUUUGAAGUCGCUUAUCCGAGUGGAAUUUCGCAUUUUCUUGAAAAAUUGGCAUUUAAUUCGACCAAGAAUUUUGAAAGUAGAGAUCACAUUUUACUGGCAAUGGAAAAACAUGAAGGUAUUUUUGACUGCCAAGCAUCUCGUGAUACGUUCAUUUACGCAGCUUCUGCAGAACGAAAGGGAUUAAAUUCAAUUACACAAAUUCUCGCAGAUAUUGUUUUAAGACCACAAAUCACCGAAGAUGAACUAAACAUAGCUCGUCAAACUAUUGAAUUUGAAAUUGAGUCUCUAUUAACUCGUCCGGAACAGGAACCCCUUCUUCUGGACAUGAUUCAUGCCGCUGCCUACAGGGACAAUACUUUAGGACUGCCGAAAAUUUGUCCCGAAGGAAAUGUAAAUAAAAUAGACAGAAAAAUUCUUUUUACGUAUUUGAAAAGUCACUAUACGCCGGAUAGAAUGGUUAUCGCGGGAGUUGGCGUUGAACACGAGGCUCUUGUUGAGGCCGUUAACAAAUAUUUCGUGGACGAGAAAGCAAUUUGGGAAGAGGACAAUAGUCUAAUUAUGACGGGAAGAAAUAUGGAUUUAAUUGACGAAUCUGUUGCACAAUAUACCGGAGGACUUGUAGUGAAAGAAGGAAGUAUGCCAGUGCAUCCGGAGUCUAGUGGUAUUCCAAGAUUAUCUCACGUUGUAAUUGGUUUGGAAGGUUGCUCGCAUCAAGAUCCAGAUUUCAUUGCCAUGUGUGUUUUGAAUACAAUGAUGGGAGGCGGUGGCAGUUUUAGUGCCGGUGGUCCUGGAAAGGGAAUGUACACGAAAUUAUACACCAAUGUUUUGAAUCGUUAUCAGUGGAUGUUCAGUGCGACUGCUUAUAAUCAUAGUUAUGCGGACACGGGAUUAUUUUGCAUUCACGCAUCAUCACCGGAAGUUCGCGUUGGAGAAAUGACAGCUGUCAUAGUGCACGAAUUAGUUUCAAUGGCUGGUUCAACGACAGUUGCCGAACUAGAAAGAGCGAAAAAACAACUACAAUCGUUAUUAUUGAUGAAUUUGGAGCAAAGACCAGUUGUUUUUGAAGAUAUCGGAAGACAAGUUCUUGCCACUGGAUUUAGACAUCGACCGGAGUAUUUUAUCGAUGCAAUCAACAAAAUAACGAAGGACGACAUCAAUCGAGUGGCAUUGCGUCUGAGAAAAUCACCGCCAAGUGUCGCAGCACGUGGUUUAGUUAAAGGACUUCCUUCUCUUUCAGAUAUUCAAGCCGGUUUGUUGGACGCAAAAGGUGCGAUACCUAGGUCUCGGAGUCGUUUAUCACUCAACAUUUAAAACCUAGAUUUUUUCUUACAUUUUUUUUUAUAUAUUUUUUUCUUUUCUCUCUCUUUCUCUGUUUACAUUCUUUUUCCUUUUUCUCUUUCGAAAUAACUUUGAAAUUACGAAAAUAAUUUUAAUUCCUCAAAAAAAAAUUAAUUUCAAAUGCUUGGUCAGUGACAAAAAAACAAUGAUGCGGAAUUAAAUUCUGAUUUAAUCAAGUGUGAUAGAUAGAAAUAGACUGUGAAAAUAUUUUGAUCUGUAUUCAUUCCCAUAGCAUCCAAACGAGCCGAGGGAUGGAAAUUUGGUUCAAAAUAACAAAAACAAAAAAAAAAAAUAUCGCGUUUUAUCCAUUUGACCAGCAGUCGUCAUGAUUUCGUCUUCAAUUUUUUGAAAGUAAAACUUAUGUAUUGUAUAUACGAAUAAAGUAAGUUCCAAUUAUAUUGAUUUUGAAAAUAAAUUAUUGUUAUUAAUAA